AUGAAGGUGAUCAUCAUCGGCGCCGAAGUAGACGGACUCAUCUGUGCGAUCGCUUACAAGCGGGAGCAAUUGGACGUGAUUGUUCUCGAGCAACAGGCUGAGAUUGAGGUCAAUGCCGGUAUCCAGAUCCCUCCCAAGGGAGCCCGAGUCCUGCAUCAACUGGAUCUUCUGGAGGCUGUGACUCGCAAAGGGACUAGUACAGAAUAUCUGGAUUUCAGACGCUUUCACGAUGGGGCGUUGAUUCGGUCGAUGCCGUGGGGAGAACCGGCUCGCCGGGCUUACGGAGGACCUUGGCUUAAUAUCACUCGGGCGGACCUUCUCGACAUACUACUUGACAAAGCGCGACAAUUAGAGAUAGAUAUCCGACCUCAUGCCAUCGUGGAGGAGGUUCAUUGCGGCACCGCCGAGGUGGUUUUGAAGGACGGAGCUCGCAUUCAAGGAGAUGUGGUGAUUGGAGCCGAUGACACAGUCUUGAACCAUCCAAGCCCGCCCAGCCCAGCCAGCGACAUCGCCUACCAAGCAACCAUCUCGCGAUCGGCGCUGAAAGCCAUCGAUGACGGCCAACUCGACGAGCUCUGCUCCAAGAACAAGAUCACCACCUGGUUAGGUUCCGCGCAGCACACCGUCAUCUUCCCCGUCCGGCAGGGAGAAGAACUCCCAACCAUCCUCGCCCACGCGACCUUCGCCUCUCAAACCACCCACCACACCCUCCGCGACCUCCCCACCUGGCGCAAUUCCCGAACCCUCCUCCUCGGCACCGCCAGCCGCAUCAUCCCCCCCUACCAAGCCCAAGACCUGGCCGCUACCCUCGAAGACGCCGCCGUGCUCAGCACGCUCCUCGGCCUCCUGAACCACCACAGCCCCGCACCCGACCAACUCCCGCGCCUGCUCCCGGAGAUCCUCGCCCUCCACGAGGCCCUCCGCAGACCGGCCGCCACCAAGGCCGUCCAGGCCGGCCUCCUCAGCUGCCGCGUCCUCCAGGUCGGCAACCCGGUGGGCCAGGUGCUCCGCAACUGGUUCCUGGGCGGGGCGGGCAUCACGCGGGACACGGACGCCGGGUGGUUGAAGCUGGUCUCGGCGCAGCAGGAGGCCACGCUAGGAGGGGGAGGGGGAGGGGGCAGGGGCAGUCUCCUCGACGAGACGAGGGCCCGAGGAAGAGGGAGGGAGAGAGGACGGAGAGGGAGGAAAAGGUCCACGGUAAAGCCACCGCUUUCCAAGUAA